AUAACCUCGAAAUGAAGCCAAAGAAUAUAUUUAUUUUCACCCCCAAUGCUUUGGAGAAAGACAAAAAUGGUUACCUGGAAGGUUUUCAUAAAAAAUACGCCGACAACGAAGCAUAUUUCAUAACGAAUUCACGUAUAAAAAAGCAAUGUACAAAAUUUGUAGGUUACGCGGGAAAAAAUCGGAAUAUUCAACAAACACCCAAUACUAUCAGCAUAGAGAAUGGUAAAAUUACAGUUAAUGGUACAAAUUUGCCUCUGGUUAAUAUUUCCUAUGAUUACCAUGCGUUUAAGGAUAGCAGAGUGAUAGAUAACACACUGAAUAUUUAUGGAAAGUUUUUCAACGACUUAAAACAGUAUUUUGUGGAUAAAAAUAAUAGUACAAAUGGAAGAAAAAGUGUUUUUGUGAGAUUUAUAGACUUUUUAACAAUUUAUAUUGGCUAUAUGUUGAUUUUGUUGGAUAAAUGUAAGUUUUUUGUGCCAUUUUUUGCAACUCUAACUCAUUUUGAACAAUCCCUUACGACUUUGCUAUGGUUUUUCGAAGAAUUAAAAGGGAAAAAGUUAACGUUGAAGGCUGGGAAUGUUUUGAUGGCAAAAAUAAUUGAUUUGGUGGUUGGUGUAGUGCUCAUGUAUUAUUGUAUUAACCACCAAAUAGGAAUAACUAUAAUGUUUAAAGACUGGACCCAAGAAGUUGUGGAACAACUAAAAUCACUUUUGUUAUGCUUAAUGGGGUCUCCAAUAGGUUUAAAACUUAACUAUGCUUUCAACCAAUCACUGGGAAAGUUUUUCUUUUACCAUAUAACCUUAUGGAAAGUGUUUUUAAAUGGUUUACACCCUUUGAUUGAACAGUAUUUUAAAUGCUUAUUAUUUCCAUGUUUGUUUGGGUUUACAUUCCAAAUAGCAAUGCUUUACGAUGUAAUUUCAAUAUCAACUUUUCACGUGUAUUGCAUUUACGUAUAUGCAGCAAGAAUGUUUAAUUUACAAGUAAAAUGCCUUAUAUCACUAUGGAGACUUUUUACGGGCCGAAAGUUUAAUCCACUGAGAAACAGGGUUGAUUCGUGCCAAUAUGAACAAAAUCAACUUUUUAUAGGGACUUUGGGAUUCACAGUGUUUCUAUUUUUGUUACCAACCACUACAAUGUACUACACUGUUUUUGUUUCGUUCAGAAUCAUCAUUAAAAUUGUGGAAACGUUGUUUUCCAAAUUGAGACACAUUUUAAAUGUUUUACCUCUGUAUGGCCUUUCUUUAUGGAUUUUUAAUUCCAAUUUAGUCGCAGGGUCUCUUUAUAUAAAAUGUGUAUAUAUCGAAAAAAACGACGUUACGUUGGAAGCAAAAUUAAACAAACUAUCGCUAGGACAAAUUUUCGAGUCAACUCCAAAAAUCACGAAGAAAAAUAAAUUUAAUUUGGGGGAAUUUGUACACAAUGUUUUCACAGGGGUUUUGAUAUGAAAAUAAAAAAAAUGAAUCCUUGA